GAUCUGAUCGCUGGGACUUGACUGAGAAAGAAACGGAGCGGUUGAAUAGCUAGAGGGACGACUUGUGUUUCUUUAAAACGGGCUGCAGGUUAGUAAGGAAACAAAACAGCAUGCAUGGAAUUCCAGUAUUCCAAUCUUUAUUGGUGUUUAAGUGUAAUGCAACGGAGAUGAGCAGAAUAGCUACAGGGAGUAAAUAUAUAUAUAUACUAUAGACUCUUACAUUGUGCUUCUUCUAAUCGGCAUGUGUGAAGGAGCCGGUUGAAAGCUAACACCAGAAUGUUUGUGGGCUAAGUAAAGACAGUGGGGAAAUGCGCGCUGGCUGAGUAUUUGGAGUAGUAAAGAGCUGUAUGUGGGUGUGUCGGUGGAGUGUGACAGGGUGACUGUCGCUCUUACGCUGACAUGGAGAGAGCGAAUGCGCGCACAAAGAGACAUGGCCGGGUUCGGCUGAUCUCUCAGCGCCCAGUGAGGACUGAAGCGGCAUCCCCUUCAAAACACUUCUGUACUGUCGUGUGCCGAUCUGGAAGUGCUCGAGAGAGAUGUGGAAUGCGCUCGGAAACGGCUCGGGUUAUUCCGGUGGCCAUGUGUGUAAGGCGCACGGCUGGGAGUUUGUGCCUUGCCCCCUGCAGGAGAGGGAAGCGGACAGGAAGCGCGGCCGGAGUCCAGUCCCAGGAUUAGGGCAGCUUUCCGAGCGAUCUGGCCUCGGAGGUGCAGCGUCGCCAACCGCAGACCUGCAGAGCCAACAUUCCCGCCUCAGAAAGAGGUUCGAGGAGCUCAGGAGGCGUCACGGUCAGGAAAAAGACGCCUGGAUGAAAGAGAAAGAAAUGCUUUUGAGAGAAGUGGCAGACGUCCAAGGCGGAGAAAACAGGCGGAUAUUGUUGGAUCUGAAGACGUUACUGGAGGAGGUGCAGUCGGAGGUGAAAAGCGAAGAGAGUAAACGCACCGAACUGCAGCUGCAGUACACCAAGGACCAGGGCACAUGGGAGCUGGAAAGGGCAGAGCUGAAAUGCAGGAUCGCACAGUUGGAGGCCAAAAGAAUAGUGAAUAGUGAGUCUGGAGACACAGUAAGGAGGGAAAGAGAGGAAGAGCGGAGGCUGCUGGCAGACACCCAUACUGCAGCAAUGGACCUGCGCUGCCGGCUGGAGCACAGUGUGAGGGACUGGGUGAGGGAGAAAUCCGAGCUUUUGGAGCGUUUUGACUUGGAGAGGAAGGAGUGGGAGAGUCAGCUCAGGGACAUGCAGCACAAGAUUGAGGAGCUGUACAAUGAAGUGAAGACUCAUCGACAGAAAGGUGCUUUUGGACCAAACAGCAGUGCAAAAACUACUGCCAUAAGGCUCAGUACACAUUCUGGCAGCACUGGAUCCAGCCCUCUGACAGACUCCUCAGAGGCCCACAGCAGCAGUUACUCUGAGCCUCUCUCCCAGCACAGGCACGGCAGCACUGACUCCAGUCAUAACAGCAAUGAACCCAAUGGCCAGCACUUUAGUAUUCAAAGUGAGCGAUCAAAGCAGUGCAGCUCCGGGAAGUAUGAGCAUAAUAAACUCGAAGACAUUAACACUGCAGAGCUUGAAAAUAUUCUUCAUGGAUACCUUGUGAACAAGCCCAUCUGCAGUGGACAAACGGAUCUGCUCAACCCCUACAGAGGGUAUCAGAACAUGGACAUCAACUGUGCAAGUGAUAAAAGGAACACAAUGGCUCUUAAUGCGGCUCUUAAAGAAAUAGCUAGGGUGAGUGAGGAGCUGUGCAGCUACCAGGAUGAGAUCAGAAAGAAGUCUGAUGUCAAGAGAAGCCAGACUGACUCGAUGUUCUUUCCAGGAGAAGCUGAGAUGGUUAAGAAAGAUAUAAUGGAACCAGGUGUCACAGAUUUCAACUUAAAAGAGUGGUGCAAAGAUGUUCAUUCUCUGGACAAGCAGAAAGGGAUUGACUGGGAUGAUGUUAAAAAGAAUUCAACCAAGACUAAAAAUGACACUGAACUGCCUGUGAAGAAGAGGGAUGUCCCCCCUAUUCCAUUCAGGAGCACAUCUUGGUACAUUACCAGCCCCUUGGCUACAGAUAUACCAUCCAGUCCCCCAGAGCCACUGAUGCGCAAAACGUGUCAAAGCCCUUGUUUUGACAGAAAGUGCAACAGCCCCUCUAUCGUGCGAAAAUUUGAGGCAAUGCUACAAGAGAACGAAGGAAAGAUCCUGACAGACUCUGGGAUUGUGCCCGGCCCAGUGCCUCGUGAUUCCAAGUGCAAUAUCAGCUGCUGUCAGAGCCGGUGGUCCUGUGAUGGAAGCAGGUUUGGCAGCAGCAAGUCAUCCACAUAUGUGCCUAUCCAAAAAUGUCUUUCAGAAGUUAAUAUAAUAAGUGCAGAGGCUGAGUGCAGUCAGAACCAGAUAGAUGCAGACAGUAAACCAAACCUGAAGGCAGGGCUUUAUCUCAUAGACUCAGCACACAAGGGUGUGGCUGCAGACUUCCUAACGCCUCCAGACAUAUCCUCACCCUCCAUCAACACCAGCGUUCCACGGAGAAAUGAGAUGCUAGAACGCAAAACGGCCGAGUUCAACCGUAUCCUCUUCCAGGCAGGCAAAGGUUUUCAGUGUAAUGAGGACUGUAACUCUACUAAUGUGCAUCAUACGUUUGAUAGAACCACUGAGGACAAUCGGACAAAUGUGCCACCAGAUCUUACUACACAGUAUUCCCCAAGCAAGCAUGAACAGUUUGCUUCUCAGUUAUAUCCACAAUUAAAGAACCAAACAAAAGAUUUUAGUUCUGGCCCUUCAACUCUGCAACACGAUGUAAAAGCAAAGAGGGUCACGCCGGGUUUAUUACAGCAUCUAGCUGUAAAACACGAGGAUGCAAAAUCUUCUUGCCUAUUAUCACAUAAAGAAGGCAGACAACCUUCCAUCAAGAAGUUUGAUAAAACCUUGAGAUCAAUUAAAUCGGAUUUAGAUUUAAGUCCAUCUCAGCUUAAACAGACAGAGAAGUUCAGUAAAGUAAAGUCUGUCACUUCAGAUCAGCAUCCAGCUGAAACAAAACCUAAAAAGCCUGAACGUACUAAACAGGACAAGCCUAACACAAGGUCAAGAGUUCUAGAUGAAAAUCCUUGGAAACCUUCAACCCUGGCUGCCUACCCUCGACCCCUGGAGACCCGGUCCAACUAUGGGGCAAUAGAAAGGAUUUUGAAAAGUUAUGAAAAUUUGGGACGUUCUCAACAAGACGAGCAAUUGCAGUCUCACCCAGGAAGGGAGGAAGACCUCACUGACCUUUUAAAUUUGCUGCAUCUGUCCAAAUCCAAUGAGAGAUCCACACACACAUCUCACCACCAAACUACAGAUCACCAAGAUGCACAUGUAACAAUGAAGCAGAGCAAAGAAUCCACGGUAACCUUCAAGAAGAGUUUUUCUCGACCAGCUUGUCCUGCUAAAAGACGUCUACCCUCACGCUGGGCUAAUCGCUCUUCCUCCACCUCGUCCACAUCCUCCCCAUCUCCCUCACCAACAAUACAGCCCAGCAUCUCCAGCUCACAGCAAACAUUCACCUACUCUGCAUUUCACACGGAGACAGUCAUUAUGUAAGCACAUACAACAAAAUGGAACUAAUCAGAAUAACACAUGUGCUGAGAACAUUGUCUUCAAACCUGAAUCCUGUCACUUCCUGAUUACCUUUGUAUAUACCAAUAAUGACUGUUACUCAAACAUUUUUUUUUUAAAACACAGCCUCACUUAUGGUUGCUUUGUAUAAAUUAUGUUCUGUAUUUGCUACAUGCGAAGUGUACACUGCAUAGCCAAAUUUUUUUCACUUGACCAUCACAUCCAUAUGUGGGACUUCCCCAAACUGUUGCCACAAAGUUAAAGUAACAAAAUUGUAUAGGAUGUAUUUGUAUGCUGCAUUUGUAUGUAAUUGGGAAACUAAGAGGUUCCAACCUAACAGCAUUCCUGUGCACAAAACCAAGCACCAUGAAGAUCAUGGUUUGGCAAGGUUGGUGUGAAAAAACUCAAGUGGUCCGCACAGACUUGACCUCAAUCCCACUGCACCAUAGGCCCCAUUGCCAUACAGCAGUCUCUGUCCUUAUUAAUGUGAUCAUGAGUAAAUGUGCAGUUACUUUCAUAGCCACACUCCGAAAUCUAGUUGAAAGCCCCCACAGAAGAGUUGAGGUUAUUUUUAAGAGCAAAGGGGAACUAAAUCUGGAAUGGGAUGUUUUGCAAAGCACAUAUGGCAGUGGUGGUCAGGUGGCCACAAACCUUUGGCUAUAUAGUGUAUCCAUGUAUAUUUUUCUCUCCAGCCUUCUUCAUGAUUCAUACCAAUGGCUGUGUAAAGAAUACAACAGAUUCAUUUCUGUGUAACUGCCGUGAUAUUUCUCCCUCUGCUUUUAGGUGCCUCCAAUUUUUGACCUUAUUUAAAGGCCUUUGUGCUGAUUAUUUGAAAUAAAUCAUUUGUUAUACAUUCAUUGACUCAUCAAAAUGAUUGACUUGUAUUAUGAAUACAUGUAUUAUAAACUCACCCUGUCUAUUUACCUGAUGUGAAACAUAUCAUUAAAGUAUAACCUUUACAA